CCUUCAUGUCCUUUUCAUUGUUAAUACAAACUCCGGAUUUCAGUAGUGAAGGACUAUGAGGUGUUUAUUAUUUACCUGGAGACUACGGGAGCUCUGAAGUGACAAUAGAAAUGCCUAUGCACACCGGGGUGUAACCAAAAGGAUCAAAGCGGAUGGAAGGUGGGUCGGCUGGGGAUUUCUGAAGCUGAGUCGUAAAGGUGAGCCACCUGCGGGACGGAGGCGUCACGCCCCUUGGCAGGUUGGAACAAAUAGCAAGAACCGUCGGUGCUAUCGUAUCGUCUUCCAUCCCCGUUUCUGCUCGUGUGUGCACGGAGAACCUCUGGAAAUCGGCGUUGAAAGCAAUGAGAGAAAAAAGAGCAGGCCUGGAUGAUUGUGUCUGUCAGGUAUUAUGAUACUGGAGACAGUUGAAUGUGAGCUGUGAGGUUGGUGCUGUGAAUCCAACAUGGAACUGAAGAAAGAUGGAGGUGGAGGAGGAGGAACGUGGUCGUCUUCGGGAGCAUCUUCUGAACCCUCUAACUCUGCUUGCUACAAGAGUACCCUCAUAGCCUUCCUCCUCAUCUUCCUUAUCAUCGGCGUCUUUGUAGGCCUGGUUAUAGCGUACCUGGUGCAGGAGCAGCAUUAUUUCAUGGAAACAGUGGAGCUGAAAGGUCUGAAGUAUGACGCAGCUCUGCAGGACGAGAACUCUGGUUUCUCCAUAGUACUGUCUGCAGUUUUAAAGUCCAAGAUUAAAAAUGUCUUCAUUGCCUCAUCUAUAUCACACCACUACAUCGACUGCAGUCUCGUUGCCUAUGGUAACAUCAAUGGUGACGUGAUGGCAACGUUCAGACUGGUCUUCCAGGUGUCCAAGAUCCAACAGUAUUCAGACAACUUCAUCCAGGACUUGUUGAGAGCAGGCCUCAGCUCAGUGAUGCAUGGGAAACCACUGGAGGUGCCAGAGUUUGGACAGAUCAGUGCUAUCAUCUUACUGGGAGCCAGUGGGAAGUCGUUUUAUGCUAUCGGUGAUGACAUGACGACCAGGUGUCCUGACAAUACAUUCACCUGUGACAAUGGCGAGUGUGUCACCAAACUAAAUCCGGAGUGUGACUUCACCCCGGACUGUGCAGAUGGAUCUGAUGAAACUCGUUGUGCCUGCGGUACACGUCCUGCCAUGGGAAGUCGGGUGGUGGGCGGGGAGGAUGCUCGGCAAGGGGAGCUGCCGUGGCAGGUCAGUCUGAGGUUCCAUGGACGGCACACCUGUGGGGCCUCCAUCAUCAGCGAACGCUGGUUGGUCAGCGCAGCACACUGCUUUGAGAGGGACACCGAUCCCCGGGAUUGGACCGCCAUGGUUGGAGCCAGAUUGGUGAGCGGGGAAGAGUCAGAGUCCAAAACGAUUAACAUCAAGUCUUUAGUUGUGUCUCCAGACUACAACCCCAUGACCACAGAUAACGACGUGACUGUGCUGGAGCUGGAGACCCCUCUCACUUUCAGCGCUUACAUCCAGCCUAUCUGCUUGCCUUCCCCGUCUCAUGUUUUUGCACCGGGGCAGAGCUGUGUGGUGUCAGGAUGGGGCGCACUAAACCAUUUUAGUUCGGCGGUGCCUUCCACACUGCAGAAAGCGGUGGUGAAAAUCAUCGACUCCAAGGUGUGCAAUAAAUCAUCUGUGUACAGGGGAGCUGUUAGUCACAACAUGAUGUGUGCUGGAUUCCUGCAGGGCAAGGUGGACUCGUGUCAGGGCGACUCUGGAGGGCCUUUGGUGUGUGAGGGUGCCCCGGGGAGGUUCUUCCUGGCCGGCGUGGUGAGCUGGGGAGUGGGCUGUGCCCAGAUCAACAGGCCUGGGGUUUAUUCCCGUGUUACCAGGCUCCGCAACUGGAUUCUAAGCCACGCAGAUCCCAGCUUGGUCCAUGGUUACACCCAGUCUGUUCCCACUGUGCCAGUCCCUGUGACAGGAGAGACCCUUAGUGAAGGUUCAGUAUCUGGAACUGAAGCCAUGGACUCUGCACAAGCAUCCCCUGUUUUGAACUGCAGUGGAAACUUCCAGUGCAGUUCCACUUCCUGCAUCAGUAAGGUCAAUCCAGAGUGUGACGGAGUCUCCGACUGCCCCAAUGGGGCAGACGAAAGAAACUGUGACUGUGGUUUGCGUCCUGCACUGGGCUCCCAAAGGAUUGUGGGUGGAGUAACAGCUCGGCGGGGGGAGUGGCCUUGGAUUGGCAGCCUCCAGUACCAGAGACUUCACCGCUGUGGCGCCACACUCAUUCACAACAAAUGGUUACUGACUGCAGCGCACUGCUUCAAAAGUGACUCUGGUCCUACUAACUGGGCUGUAAGUUUGGGAUCUGUGCUGCGAUCUGGGGUAGGAGCACUGGUCAUUCCCAUCCAGAGGGUAAUCAUCCACCCGGCUUUCAAUGGCACCAACAUGGACCAUGAUGUGGCUCUGCUGGAGCUGGCAGUCCCAGCACCCAUGUCUUACACCAUCCAGUCCGUCUGUCUUCCCUCACCGGUGCACCGCUUCCUGAAGAAUGCGGAGUGCUACAUUGCAGGCUGGGGAUCCAUGAGGGAAGGAGGUUCACUGACGAACCUGCUGCAGAAAGCUGCAGUGAACAUCAUUGACCAGGCAGACUGCCAGCAGUCGUAUGGAAACGUGCUGACUCCUAACAUGAUGUGUGCAGGACUGAUGGAGGGAGGCAGGGACACCUGUUUGGGGGACUCUGGAGGACCACUGGCUUGUCGUCAGCACUCCAGCCCGUGGUUUAUUGUCGGUGUUACCAGCUGGGGACACGGAUGUGGGCGAAUUGGUUUUCCGGGGGUCUACACUCGUGUGACAUCUGUCAGGAAAUGGAUAUCCACAUACCUACCAUUCUGAAGUGACCGUGAAAAACGGAGCUGUGCCUGCAGAAGAAUGACAAAUCAUAUGGAUGCAGUGGAUUUCCAUGAUGCAUCUUCUCCACAGAACUGUACUGUACAAGGACUUAAGUCAUGCUAAAAAGCCUCACAAACUCAGCUGACACAGUAUUGACCGGUGUGAUCUACUGCUCAUGGGUGCUGUUUGUUAUACUGUGCAAUCGUGUAACCUUCCCUCAUCAACUCAAGAAAUAAUCCUGAACUGGCUUAUGGACAUUUCAACAUGUGUGAUUUGAAGUAUUUAUUACAGUUAUUUAUUUUCCUGACAGGUAAACAUAAUUUACACGGUGUUUUAUGGGGUUCAGAAUAUAUGUGUUUUAAUCUU